GAAAUUUAAACAUCUUUGAUUCUUGAAAUGGAAUCAAAUAAUCACUCAUCUCUGACAUGUGAUUACUUUGAUGGAGUCCUUAAUUACAUUAACCAGAUGCUUAUGGAAGAAGAGGAAGACUUAGAAUAGGCAUUGUAUGCUUCAAGAUUCUUUAGCUCUACAAACUACUGAGAAAUCCUUUUAUGAUGCCCUUUCUGCAGAUCAACAAUUAAUUCAACAUACUUGUAUGAAUUAUUAUACAGAAAAGGUUCAAAAAUAUCCUCAAUGUUAUAAGGAUUUUAGUGAUUCUGUAAGGGCCAACAAGAAAUAAGUAUUUAGCAAGUUGUUCAGAAGGAUUUGAUCAAACAGAGUUGUAUGAUACAACACUUCUUCGUUCUUCCAAGAAUCCUGGAUUUUAUAGCGAUCCGCCAUGUUGUCAGAGUACUGAUGGUUCAAUAGAGGAACAACUAGCUAAUAAGCCAUUAUAUGUUGAAUCAAGAAUGCCAAAACGAGGAAGACCACUAGCUGGUGCAAAACGAGUCAUCGCGAAUGCAUUUGUGGAGUCUGUUAACUCAAUGUGCACAGCCCAUGAAAAGCUCAAGCUGAUUAGGCUACACUGUUCUCCAUAUGGUGAUGCAACAGAAAGAAUGGCAGACUACUUUGCUGAUGCCCUCAAGGCUCGUUUGGCUGGCACUGGAAUAGAACUGUAUACAGUUUUUGCCAAGAAGACAAUAUCUGCUGCAGACAUAUUAAAAGCCUUUCAGGUGUAUGUUACAGCGUGCCCAUUCAGGAAGAUGUCUAACAUAUUUGCUAACAAGUCAAUUGGGAUGCUGACAAGGGAAGCAGCAAGUAUACACAUUAUUUAUUUUGGUAUUCUGUACUGUUUCCAAUGGCCAUGUUUUAUUCAGGAAAUUUCCCUUAGGUUAUCAGGACCUCCUAAACUUCGGAUUACAGGAACAGAUUUUCCACAACCUGGAUUCAGACCAGCAGAGAGAGUUGAGGAGACAAGGCGUCGCUUAGCAAAGUAUUGCAGGAGAUUUAAUGUCCCUUUUGAGUAUAAUGCUAUAGCUAAGAAAUGGGAUUCUAUCCAGCUGGAGGAUCUCAAGAUAAACAGAGAUGAGAUGAUUGUUGUUAAUUGCUUAUAUGUGCCUGAUGAAACAGUAUACGAACACAGUCCAAGGGAUGAUGUGUUAAGAUUGAUUAAGCAAAUGAAGCCUGAUGUUUUCCUUCAUGGAAUUGUUAACAGGGCAUGUAACUCAAUUUUCUUUAUAUCUCGACUUAAGGAGGCACUAUUCCACUUCUCUUCUCUGUUUGACAUGAUGGAGGCAACUGUACCGCGUGAAAAUCAAGAAAGAGUGCUGUUUGAGAAGGUGAAUUUCGGGAAGGAAAUUAUGAACAUUGUGGCUUGUGAAGGUACUGCAAGAGUUGAAAGGACAGAACCAUAUAAGCAGUGGCAGUUGAGAAACCAGAGAGCCGGCUUUAGGCAGCUUCCAUUAGACAAGCACAUAGUUAAAGAAGUGAGGGCCAAGGUGCAACGGCGAUACCAUAAGGACUUUUUGGUGGAUGAAGAUGGUUACUGGAUGCUGCAGGGAUGGAAAGGCAGACUUAUAUAUGCUCUUUCUUGUUGGAAACGUGGUGAUAAUUGAUCAAUCAGAAGUCUAAUUACAUUUUAACAAACUGAACAAUUUGAUUUUAUCAUGUGUGCUGGCACUUAUAUCGUUCAUGCUUGCUUUUGAUGAAUGGAAUACAAGAAGCUAGAAAUUAGGCAAUUAUCAGUACAACAUCCCUAGAGUUCUUAUUCAUCUUUGAUUAAGCCUGAAACAUUCAUUGAUCUGAGGUGACCUUUUUGACUAUUGAUCCUUGUUUACUCUAUUAUUUCAAUCACGUGUUGUUUUUGAGUAUACGCCAAUUCUCAAAGGGGCUAGAACUACAUGUUGCUUUUACAGAAACAAGAAGUUUAAUGCAUUCACACCAAUUAGUUCAUAAAGCUGUAAGCUUGUGAAUCUCAACUUUUGUAGUGAUGCUAUGGAGGUUCAUGGAAAAUUCUUAUGCAGGUCACUUUGCAUUAUAAUACUAAAACAACUACCAUUAUUGGGUAUCAAACCAAUGACAAUGGACUAUCCAAGUUGAUUCUUUUCUGCCAAUAAGCUCCACUUUCAUAAUACGAAUGAGAAGAGGAA